CAAGCUUUGAAUGGUGACACAAUAAACACCAACCCCCACAUCUUGUUAGCUACCGCCCACGUUCCGUUUUACAGUAUUUGGUUUUCUUCUCAUACAUCUGUGUCGACUGCAGCGGCGACUCACAGACUUGCCUGCUCCUUCCUGUCAGACUGAUAACAAAAGCAGCCUCUCCCUGGAAUACAGGCUUGCACAUACAAGACUAAAGUAACCGGAGGUGGAAGAAUUUUAUUUACCAUAUGUGAUUAUCUUCUACAGCUUAAAAGGCAUGUGCUGGCUUCAACUUCUCUAAGCACUUUGGUAAACGUAGUCUGAUCCUUUUGGAGUUAUGAGUCCCUUGCAUCCAGAAAAUGAGUGUCAUGCUUAUUUUGAUGAAUUUGUCCAAGCCCAGUGUCUCAAAGAUGUCCAGCAAGCCUUCUCUCAACUCUGUCACAAGCUGGAGCUUGACCCUAGGGACUAUAAAUGCUUCUAUAAGAAGCUCAAGGAAAAGCUGAACUAUUGGAAAGCCAAAGCUAUUUGGGUCAAAUUAGACAAGCGAGCAGCACACCAAGAAUACAAGGAUGGAAAAGCCUGUGCCAAAAACCAGUGUUUAGUGCUGGGAGCUGGACCCUGUGGGCUACGUGUUGCCAUUGAGCUGGCCUUGCUAGGUGCCAAAGUGGUCCUAAUUGAGAAGAGGGAUGCCUUCUCAAGACACAAUGUGUUGCAUCUCUGGCCGUACACCAUUCACGAUCUCCGCAAUCUGUCAGCCAAAAAGUUCUAUGGCAAGUUCUGCAGUGGCUCCCUUGACCAUAUCAGUAUAAGACAGUUGCAGCUGAUCCUAGUAAAGGUAGCUUUGAUUUUGGGAGUGGAGAUUCACACUGGUGUGGAAUACAAAGAUCUACUUGAACCAUGCAAGGAAAAACAGAAUUCAUCGGGUUGGAAGGCACAUGUACAUCCAGAGUCUCACCCAGUUGGACAGUACAGCUUUGAUGUUUUUAUCUCUGCUGGAGGUGGAAAAUUUGUUCCUGAAGGGUUCAGGAGGAAGGAAAUGCGAGGAAAACUGGCAAUUGGAAUCACCGCAAACUUCAUCAAUAGGCACACAGCAGCCGAGGCUAAGGUCUCAGAGAUCAGUGGUGUUGCCAAGAUCUACAACCAAAAAUUCUUUCAAAAUCUGCACAAAGAGACAGGUAUUGACCUGGAGAACAUUGUGUACUAUAAAGAUGACACUCAUUAUUUUGUCAUGACCGCCAAGAAGAAGAGCCUACUGAACAAAGGUGUUAUUAAAAAGGAUCAAAGUGAUACAGAUACUUUACUGUCAACUGCAAAUGUAAACUUUGAUGCCCUAAAGCUUUUUGCAUAUGAAGCCGCUCAAUUCUCUACUAAUCACCAGCUACCUGACUUAGAGUUUGCACUGAACAGUGCAAAGAAGCCUGAUGUGGCUGUAUUUGACUUUACUUGUAUGUACCGUGCAGAAAAUGCCUCUCUAGUGAAAGAGAAAAAUGGGCAUAGACUCCUGAUUGGGCUGGUUGGAGACUGUCUUGUUGAGCCUUUUUGGCCACUCGGAACAGGGAUAGCACGGGGAUUCUUGGCAGCCUUUGAUGCAGGAUGGAUGGUUCGUCGGUGGGGUCUUGGUGCACCUCCUCUGGAAGUCAUUGCUGAAAGAGAAAGUAUCUACCAAUUACUUUCACAAACAACUCCAGAGAACACCCACAAAAACAUCACUGAAUAUAGCAUAAACCCCACCACAAGAUAUCCCAACAUCAACUUGGAUUCUAUUAAAACCAAGCAGGUCUCUCAUCUGUAUGUAGUGGAGGACCACAAGAAGGUGAAGAACAAGAUCACUAACAUUCCGAAAGAUUCAACAAAUGGGUAUGAGGAGCUUCUGAAAUGGUGUCAGCAACACACUACUGGUUACAAAAAUGUGAAAGUGACAGACUUCACAAAUUCCUGGAAAAGUGGAUUGGCACUUUGUGCUCUUAUUCAUCAUUUUAAACCCCAACUUAUUGACUUUGACAGUUUGGAUGUGGGCGACACUGCCAGAAAUAAUCAGACUGCAUUUGAUAUUGCUGAACAAGAACUUGGCAUCACCCCAAUUAUGUCAGGCAAUGACAUGGCCUGCCAGAACAAUCCUGAUAAACUGGCCAUGGUUAUGUACCUAACCCAUUUUUUCCAAAUCUUCCAAGAAACUGAAUCUCCAACUGAGAUGAUGGGUCCCUUAUCACCUUCAAAAUCUGCAAGUCUGUCAAGCACCAAAUCUGCCUUACUCUUCUUGAGCAAGCUAAAGCAUAACACUCUUCAUAAACAAAAGCAACGACAAAUAGAACAGGAGGAGAAAGAAAAUGUGAAGGAAAAAGAUACACGUGCUGACUUGACACUUGUUGCUUUAGAAUCGCCUUCUAUUUCUGACAAAUGUUAUUUCUGUGGAAAACAAGUUUAUGUCUUGGAGAGAGUCAGUGUCGAAGGCAAGUUCUUCCACAGACGCUGCUUCAAAUGCCACAAGUGUAGCAGCACCUUGCAUUUUGGGAACUACACAUAUGACAAUGAAAGUGGCCAUUUUUUUUGUUUGUUUCAUGAUACUGUCACCCAGUCUGAAAAUAUGGAGAUGGAUGAAGCAGAACUAGAAGAAAAGCAGUCAACCUUUGGUGUGGAUAAUGUGGGCAAUGUGCAGUCAAAGGACCUGGAGCUGUUUAUUUCAGAAGCUGAUGACUUAAAAACUGAUAUUGGUGAAACAUCUAAGACUACUGAAGAGACUGAAUCUGGUACCAACACACAGGAUUCAUCAGAAGUGCGGUAUGGUUCCCGUAGAAAAUGCCCAGUUCCAGCUUCAAGGACUAUCUUUAUAAAACCAACCCCACCAUUUGACAGUAAUCUAGGAGGUCUGGAUGCUGUAGAUACUGACAUCUAUAAAGAUGGCCUUGAUUUAGGUGCAAGUUCUUGGGAAUCCAUAACUAUACCUGUGCCAAAACCUCGAAAGAUUGUCCCGAUUGCAACUGCUGACCAUUUGUCUGCUGUAAUUAAGGAAAGAGAGCAAUCUAAAGAUAUAUCUGAUACAGAUGUAUUGGAUGGCAAUGUACAAGAAAUAGGAGACAAUGAAGAGUCUCCAAAAUUCCCCUUCAGCAACAUAAUUUCAACUCCCAAGACAUCUGAGAUCAGUGUCAAUCAAAGUGAAUCUUGUCCAAAGCCUUCACUUAAAAAACUUAUCCUUUCAGAUUGUGAGAAAAGCCAAUUAAAUAGGCUCAGUUUUGAUAGUGACUCAGAGUCAGACAAUGUCUGUGAAGAGCAACAAAAAAUCAAAGUGGAUAACAAUCAGUCAAAUUCAGUUAUAUCUUUUUUGAAACCUGAAGGGCCAACAGAGUGCACAUUUUCCCAUAAUGGUGAAAUUUGCAAUGUAAGGGAUCAAAAGCAUAGACAGUCUUUUAGGAGAAAGGAGGAACAAGUGAAGUUACUGCCUUCUGCUCCGAUUCCUGCCCACCAAAAGUCUAAGUUUUCUCCAUGGACACUUUCAUCUCCCCGUCUAGAAAGAGGAAACAGAGUCCAAGAAAUGAAACCGAGCAAAAUGGAUCCAGAGAUCAAAACAGAAGAGAGCAUGACAGAAAGUCCAUAUUCUAGUGAAAAGGAAGAUGAAGAUGAUGAAAAUGAGGAUGAAUUUUUAAUGUUUUAUAAAUUUGAUCUGUUUGAUGAAAAAUUUCAGACAAUUCCUACUGAUCCAAAAGAAGCAAAGAAACUUGAAACCCUUAAAAUGAAAACAUUAGAAAGAAGAGCCAAAAUGUGUGAGAUGCAGAGGUUUCAUAAAGCACAGUCCAUCCAACGGCGUCUGGAAGAAAUUGAGGUGAAGUUCAAAGAACUUGAAAACAAGGGUAUCAUUUUGGAGAGAGAGCUACGUAAGGAGGCAGGUUCUGAUAUGUCAUCAGAUAAGAUUGAUAAGUGGAUCCAGCUUGUUCAUAAGAAGAAUGAACUGAUGUCUGAGGAGUCUGAACUCAUGGUUGCGUCACGCCAGCUUGAACUGGAAGAUAAGCAAAGCAUGUUGGAAAAGGAGCUCAGAGGGUAUCUAGAAAUGGAUGAUUCAGUGAAAACCAUGGAGGACCGCAAGGAAGAAGAGAGAGUAUUGGCAGAGAUGCUAGAUGUGGUGGAUAUGAGAAACUCUUUAGUGACAUUUUUAGAGGAGAAGAGAUUAAAGGACAUUAGUGACCAGCUGCAUGGGCUACCUGUAAUGGAACCAAAAAAACAUGGAGGGAAUGCUCAGGUCCAGUGGGCCUAAAGCUGAACUGAAAGGGAACAAAAAAAAGACAA